AUGUCUGAAAAGAUUGAUACCGUCAACACCAUCCAACCCCACCAGGAGGACCAUGACUCCGACAAGAAGGAGGUCCAGACCAAGGUGGUCACUGGUUCCGAGGCCUUCAACGAGGCCAUGAUCAAGGAUCCUCCCUCGGCUUGGACCAAGGCUCAGAUCAUGAUCUACGCCUUCUCUCUCGUCGGUUUCUUCUGCUCCACCAUGAACGGAUACGACGGUUCCCUCAUCAACAACUUGCUCCAGAACCCUUCCUUCAAGGAGCGCUAUGGCGCCAAGAACGACGGUAUCUGGGCCGGUAUCAUCUCCUCCAUCUACCAGAUCGGUGGUGUCGUCGCUCUCCCAUUCGUCGGUCCCUGCCUUGACACCUGGGGUCGCCGCGUCGGUAUGCUCAUCGGAGCUGGUAUCAUCAUCGUCGGUACCUGCAUUCAGGGUACCGCCAACGGAACCGGCCAGUUCAUGGGCGGCCGUUUCCUCCUCGGUUUCGGUGUCUCCAUCGCCGCCUCUGCUGGUCCCAUGUACGUCGUCGAGAUCAACCACCCUGCCUACCGCGGUGUCGUCGGUGCCAUGUACAACACCCUCUGGUUCUCCGGUGCCAUCGUUGCAUCUGGAACGGCCCGAGGCGCCCUCGAGAUCAAGGGUGAUGCUUCGUGGCGUCUCAUCACCUGGAUGCAGGCCCUCUUCUCUGGUCUCAUCGUCAUCUUCUGCAUGUGGUUGCCCGAGUCUCCUCGAUGGCUCUUUGUCAACAACAAGAAGGAACAGGCCAAGGAGGUCCUCACCAGGUACCACGGAAACGGCAACGCCGAGUCCCCCUGGGUCACUCUCCAGCUCCACGAGUACGAGGAGCUCCUCGACAUGGACGGUGCCGACAAGCGCUGGUGGGAUUACCGCGCCCUGUUCCGCAACCGCGCCGCCGUCUACCGUCUUUGCUGCAACUUGGCCGUCUCCAUCUUCGGACAGUGGGCCGGUAACGCUGUGCUGUCUUACUUCCUCGGCUCCGUCCUCGACACCGCCGGCUACACGCACCCCAUCCAGCAGGCCAACAUCACCCUCAUCAACUCGUGCCAACAGUUUGCCUGCGCCAUCUUCGGUGCUUUCCUCGUUGACAAGGUCGGCCGUCGCCCACUUUUGCUCUUCUCCUUCUCCGCCUGCACUGUCGUCUGGCUCGGCAUGACCGUUGCCUCCGGCAUCCUCUCCAAGUCCCAGAUUGGUGUUACCAAGGACGAUGCCCCCAUCUUCAACAACCCGGCUGCCUCCCAGGCUUGCCUGGCCAUGAUCUUCCUCUUCGGCUCCGUCUACUCCGUCGGUAUCACCCCCCUCCAGGCUCUCUACCCCGUCGAGGUCCUCUCCUUCGAGAUGCGCGCCAAGGGUAUGGCCUUCUCCAACUUGGCUGUCAACGCCGCCGGUCUCCUCAACCAGUUCGCCUGGCCCGUCUCCAUGGAGAAGAUCGCCUGGAAGACCUACAUCAUCUUCACCAUCUGGGACGCCGUCCAGACCUUCAUCAUCUGGCUGUACCUGCCCGAGACCAAGGGCCGCACUGUACUCGAAGAACUCGACCACAUCUUCGCCGCCGACAAGCCCGUCAAGGAGUCCACCAAGAAGAAGCAGGUCGCUGUCGACCGCUACGGCGAUGUCGUCAACGUCCAGGACGUCUAA